AUGACCGCCAUCCCACCGUCACCAAACCAGACACUACCCAGGCAGCUUCAGCCUCAGCACGUUGAUGGUCUCCACAAUGAUUUGGAAAGACUCCCUCCACCAGCAGCCAAUGACCAGCUGCCUGAUCUCGAGUAUGCGGGCCUGUAUGAGCAUCAGCAGCCACUGAAGGAGCCUAUCGAACAACAUAGGAAAGGCCAGUUCACUGCAGUGAGUGCAGGCAGCGGCGGAGUUCUACUCUUGUUCCUCUACACCUUCCUCGAUGCCAACAAGGCUGUUAUGGUCUACUGGAGUUACAGUGCUCGGUCUCCCGAUGAGAGAUACUCAGCAGGAUCCAUGGUUCUCGCUGAGAAUGUUCUGUCACUCGUGGCUUCACUGGGCAUAUCCCUGGCAUGUCUUGGUUCGAAACAGUGCCAUUCGAUGUGGUCCACUCGCUACUUCCUUCGACUCAUCCCCAGCGCCCUCAGCUUCACUAUGGCCAGAAUUCUGGGCCUGCGAGCGUUGCAAUACAUCGAUGCUGGUACGUUGAAGGUGAUGUCCCAAGCAGUCCUUCCGACCAAUGCCAUCCUUUCUAGUUUGCUCAUGGGCACUAAAUACUCGGUCAUACAAUGGCAAUGCCUCCUCCUAGUAUUCGUGACAACCGCGGCCUUCUAUGAGAUACGAGUAUUCGAGGAGCGACAGUUCGCAACGAUCAGCCAGGGACUGCCCCUUUUCUUGGCGACUUUGACGUUCACCAGCAUCGGUGCCGUGUACUCCGAGAAGUGUAUCAAAGCUGGUGGCGAUGUCCCUUUCUAUUACCAGAAGGUCCCUCAAUAG